UUUAAGCAUUCGGCAAGAAGGCGCAGUCUCAACCUCGGCAGUCGGCACCCAUAACCAGGGGUGAAGACGAACACCCACGCACCCACAACUCCACACAAACACAGACUGCCCCCUCUCCGGCAGCGUUUUCUCUCGCACCUUCCGACACGAUGCAGCUAGCGGCGGGUGGCUGCGGCUGCCGCCGCGGCAGUAGCAGGUCCUCCUCGCGCACCUCCCUGCUAGCGGCAGUGCUGCUGGGCGUCGUGGUGAUCAUGGCGGCACACGGCGGGCCACUGGGCGCCUCGGCUCAGCAGCAGGAUGAUGAGCUGGAGGCCCUGGACGGCGCCCAGGUCAGGGGACUCUUCGGCGGUCUCAACAACAUCAACCAGAACAACAAGCACAACAACAACCAGAACAACAACAAGAACAAGAACAACAACAAGAACAACAACAAGAACAACAACAAACAGAACCCGCCGCCGCCCUCAUCGCCACCGCCACCCAGCCGCAGCCCUCCUCCGCCCAGCCCUCCUCCGCCCUCGCCCUCGCCCGCGCGCAAGCCGCCGCCCGUGCGCAGGCCGCCCACACCCAGGCCGCCCAGGCCUUCACCGCCUCGCUCGCCUUCACCCCCAACGCCGCCGCCUCCUGCGCGCUCGCCGCCUCCUGCGCGCUCGCCUCGUCCGUCGCCUCGGGCGCGUCCGUCCCCACCACGCAAGGGCGGCUUCAAGGUGUUCUCCUAUAAGAAGAAGCUGGUGUACAUCCAGUCGGACGAGCAGUACAACUACAACGAGGGGGUCAACUUCUGCCAAAGCAAGGGCCUCUUUUACGUGUCGUACAAUGACAAGGUCAAGAAGGCCCCUCUGCGGCCGCUGUGCUACAGUAAUGGCAAGGGCUGCUGGGUGGGAGGCCAGGUCCAGAACAUGUGCGCCUACAUCGACCCCCACGGCAACGGAGGUCCGUACCCCGAGCCGUGCAACUUCAGGCACUACGUGGUGUGCUGGGGUGACCUGAAGAAGCAGCGCAACAACCCCGCCAUCUUUGGCAACCAGCAGCAGCAGGGCUAAUGGGCCGGCGCCGCCGCUUACUUGAUGAGGGCGGUACUGAUUGGUUGGAUAGCCAGCGUUCCUCCCUACGCGCGCAGCAUAACACCUGGCUAUGUGAUUCGUUAUUAGUAGGUUGCUAGAGAUAGAUUGAGAGUUGCAGUAAGCACUACUGGCUCGUCGUCGCCGCCGUGAUCAAGCACCCUCAUGCCAGCAGGCCGGCACACAGUAUCCGUUCCCCACUUUCUUGCGUGAGCAGUAUCCAAGCAUCAUCAAUCUAGGCCCAAUGUGACCCACCGCUGAAUGCAUUACUGGUUUUAAGGCUGUGAAGAUGAGGCAGUGGAAUUAAAGUGCUUGAGCGGCGCACGAGAGGUAGUGGCCUAGCGGGCAGGAAUAAACAUCGGAGUUCAGCAACAUGGACUCAUGGACACCCAGACAUCAUGUGCUGGGCAUGAAAGGAAGUUUACUUGACCCAAAUCAAGUAAUGAAUGUUGUACGGCAGGCAGGCAGCCCAUCCAUGUAAAAAAAGUAACUG